UCCCGUUUUAGGAGAGGAAUUCUCAUGACCCUGCAGUGGUCCAGCAGAUGUCACCAACAUGGGUGAGAGACAGCCACCACCAACAUCAUGCCCUUCCAGUGCACUCAGCUCCUCCUUCCACACGGCACUCAUCGGCAGUGAAUUCUGCUGGCACCAGCACUGCCUCAGAGCUGCAGCAGGCUCUCCCAUGGCUUACACCUGACUUCAAGGCUCUAGUUACUCAGUUGGGCCCAUUGUCAUCAAGCAACAUGCAUGUUGAUCUCCAGUGGAUAGCAGAUAAUUUUGCACCUGAUCAAUUUCGAGUUCCAGAGACCCCUGGCCAGUUUGGGGAAAGGUUAGGAAUACCUCACCUGCCAAGAGCUCGAGAAACUGAGUACUAUGAGGCCUCCUACAUUCCUGUAGAAUUGCCUGUGUCUGAGGAAAGACCACCAAUCAUAUUGACGGACGCAGAAAUUGAGCGGGAGCUAUCCAACAGGUAAGUCAUCAUAACAUCUUGCGUGUAUUUUCAGUUGAUGUGAUAGUAAGAAGCAUGCGGGGUUCUUUGCAUAGGUCAGAUGAAUAUUUUCAUAGGAAAAACUGUGAACUGUUCGUUAGUUUGGGGACAGCUACUGUUUUCACCUUUCAUGUGUCUGUACACUUAGGAGUAAUGUAAUGUCUGCUAUGUGAGUUGCAGUGAGUUUGUGGGAACAGCCUUCCAGUGGCCAUAGGCAUAUGCAUUGCUAGUUAUCUCUAAAUAUCAGUGUGACAGAUAUGCCAGCAACACUCAAAAUCUCUUUC